AUGCGGGUCCUGGCCCUCGCGCUGGGCGCGCUGCGCCUGGCGGCAGGAGCUUUCGGGGGACUCGCCGACGGUCGACGGGAUCCAGUCCGCGCCGCCGCGGACACCGGGGAUGAGGGGACGACGACGAGCGACGCGCUGGACGACUCCACGCUCGUCGCCCACUACGGCUUCAACGACCAGGAUGCCGCGGACGACCACGACGACGUCAACGACUACGACGGGACGAUCGGCGGCGCGACGUUCGCGAAUGGCCGCGACGGGAGCGUCGCGCUGACCUUCGACGGGACGGACGACUACGUCUCGAUGCCGUCGAGCCUGACGAUGACCCUCAUCGGGAGCGCCGCGCGCACCGUGUGCCUGUGGGCCAAGAUCGCCGACUUCGACGGCGGCACGCUCUUUUCGUACGACUCGAACCUGGACGGGAUGCGGUUCGGCUUCAGCACGGGGACGGCGGCGGGCGAGUUCGCGCUGCUCGGCUAUGGCGACGCCUACGACUUCGACGUCACCGUGUCCGGCACCGACGACGGCGAGUGGCACCACUACUGCAACACGUACGACAUGGUCGACUGGCGCCUCUACGUCGACGGGGCGCUGGUGAAGACGCAGACCGUCGUGCUGAACACCGGCAGCGCGAACGCGUUCCAGGUCGGCAGGCGCUCCGAGGACGGGAGCUACAAGCACUUUUUCUCCGGCACCAUGGACGAGCUCAGCAUCUGGUCGAGCGCGCUGUCGCUGAGCAACGUCAAGGAGCUCUACAGCGGCUACGAAGAGGCAGAGAGCGAAGAAGGUAACUCGGACCCCGAUCCGACGCCGCGGCCGACGCCGACGCCCGUCGCGCAGCCGGACCCCACGCCGCGGCCGACGUUGUCGCCAAUCCCGCGGCCGUCGCCGCGGCCGACGUUCCCCGACCCGACGCCGACGCCGACGCUGCGGCCGACGCCGCAGCCGACGCCGCGGCCGUCGCCGCGGCCCACGUACUCGCCCGCGCCGACGCCGUGUACCGACGGCCUCAGGAGCGAGGAGGACCUGACGUGCCUCGGCACGUCGUCGGUCUACGACGCCACCAGCGAAUGCGCCGAGACGCUGGACGGCAUCGUCGCCAGCAACGAGGGCUGGUGGUCCUCGGCCUACAGUACGACGGACCAGUGGGUCGCGUACGACCUCGGCGCGACCUACGAGCUCACGGGCGUCUGCCUCCUCUGGGGCAAGUUCUCUACCACCUACUACGCGGCCACGAACGUCCGCGUCGACUACGCGACCUCCGAGGUCACGGCCCCGGCCAACGACCAGUCCUGGACCGAGGGCUCGUCCUACAAGAACUUCGACGGCGAGGCGGACGAGCUCGACGACGGCUGCUUCGACCUCGACCCGCACGUCACGGCGCGGAGCCUGCGGCUCUUCUUCGCCCAGGGCGUCGAGCAGGCCUACGUGUCGGUCGGGGAGUUCGGGGUCAUGGCGAGCAAGUGCGACGUGUCCUACACGCCCGCGCCGACCGGCGUGCCGACGUCCGUGCCCACGUCCGUCCCUUCGACCGCGCCGUCGCCCGUGCCCACGCUGCCGCCGUCGACCGCGGCGCCGACGACGUCGCGGCCGACGGGCGUCCCGACGAGCCGGCCGUCGCCGGUGCCCUCGAGCACGCCCGCGCCGUCGGCGGCGCCCUCCGCGGCGCCGACGGCCGCGCCGACGGCGCUGCCGACGGGCAUCCCGAGCCCCCGGCCGACGCCGGCGCCGUCGCCCAACCCGACGCCCGAGCCGUCGACGGCGCCGACGCCCGCGCCGACGCCCGAGCCCUCCGUGUCGCCGACGACGGCGUCGCCGUCGUCCCUGCCCACGGCCCCGCCGUCGCCGACGCCGUCGACGGCCGCGCCGACGACGCCGAACCCGACGCCCUACCCGUCGACGGCGCCGACGCGCGACACGGUGUUUUUCUCCGUGGCGCUCGACGCGGAGACGUCGGCCUACGCGACGGCGGACGAGUCCUGCGACGCCUACGUUUCCGCGGGCGUCGACGCCAUCGACGGCGCGAUCCUGCAGAACUACAUCGAGGAGGCCGCGGCGGACCACGGCGAGGCGUCGAGCCCCGUCAAAGACGUGACCGUGUCCUGCGCCGCGGGCGACGCCGCGUCCUCGGGCAGCGUCGCGAACGUCUUCACCAUCGAGCUCGAGUGCUUCGCGUCCGCGGUCUUCUCGCACGGCGCCGACGUCGGCUCCGUCCACGACGCGGCCGCGACGCUCGGCGCCUACGUCGCGUCCAAGGUCGACGACGGCAGCUUCGCCGCGGACCGCGCGGCCCUCGCCGCCGGGUCGCGCCGGCGGUUGGACGAGAGCGCCGCGGCGAUCUACGUGGACGCGCAGACGGUCUCGGGCUCCGACACGACCGUGUCGGGCACGCUCGGCCCGACGGGGACCCCGUCCAUCUUCCCGACGCCGUCGCCCUCGACGCCCGCACCGUCGGCGGUGCCGACGGUGACGCCCUGCGCCGAGCUGCGGGACGAAGGUUUGGUGCUCGACGCGCCGUCGAUCCUCGUCGCCAACUUUUCGACGACGGGCGACGCGCUGACGUGCGCCUUCGACGCGGACACGGACCUCGGCGGCUACGACGUCAGCGAGCUGUUCGCCUGCGCCUCGAUCCUCGACUUCGACGGCGCCGACGAUGCCGAGUGCUACUGGGUCGACGCCCGAACGCUCAGUGCUGGUGUCGCCGACGCGGCGAUCGUACCGGGAGACGCGGUCGCCGUCCUCGACGUCGUGCUCCGAGCCUGCGACGGCUUCCGCUGCGACUGCGACACGGCGACGACGUCGUCGACGACGGCGGCGUCGCCCGUGCCGCCGCUGGUCCCCGUCGCGCUCCUCGAAGGCCCGACGACGGCCUCGGUCUGCGAGGGCUUGCGCGUCGGGUCCGCGCCGUCGACGGGCGGCGGCGGCCGGGAUCUGUCCUACGCCUGGACCGCGACGCCGACCUGGGCGUCGUCGUCCGACGCGACGGCGGCCGCGACGUUGAGCGCGUACGCCGCCGCGGCGGGCGCGACGCUCGCGAUUCCCGUGAGCGAUCUCGCGGACCUCGCCACGGCGGGCGUCGACGCCGUCUCCUUCGAGCUGACGGUCACCAACUUCCUCGGCGGCGUCAGCGACUCCUCCACGCCCUUCGUCGUCGACGUCCGCGACGACAACCCGCCGUCUCUGCAGAUCGCCGGCGGGGCCGUCCAGGCCGCUUUGGCGCCCGCGGCGCUCUCGGUGAAGGCCGACGCCGUGGCCUCCGGGUGCGACGGGCGGUCCCUCAAGGACCGCAGCGUCACACUCUCCUACAACCUCUCGAAGGUGGCGGACGACGGGAGUCUGGAAGCCACGGGUUUCGUUUCGACCUCGAAAGACGCGCGCUACUUCAAGCUCGCCGCCAACGCCCUGGACAGCGCGACGUCCUACGAGCUCGCGGUCACGGCCGUCGACGCGUCGAGCGGCGCGUCCGUGACGUCCGCCAUCACGAUCGAGGUGGGCCGCAGCAACCUCGUCGGCGCCGUCGACGGCGGCGACCGCGUCGUGCCUCUCGCCGGCGUCUUGGAGCUCGACGCGUCGACGUCGUACGACCCCGACGACGCGGACGCGGAGUUGGCGUAUUCCUGGACCUGCGACGGGGACUGCGACGCGACCCUGGGGCUGGGGCGGGCCCUGGAGACGCUCGAGGUCGACGGCGACGAUCUCGGCGUCGGGAGCUUCGCGUUCACGGUCGUCGUGUCGACGGCCGACGGCCGCGAGGCCGCGGCGACGGUCACCCAUACGAUCGUCGACGACGACCCGCCCGCCGUCGCCAUCGACGGCGCGAGUCUGGGAAGCGGGCGAGUCGCCGCGGCCGCGCGCGUGGUGUUGUACGGCGCCGCGUCGCCGUCGAGCCUCGGCGACGACGACGCCCUCGCGAACGAGACGGGCUUCAACUCGACCUGGGUCCUCGACUCCGGCGCGUUGAUCGGCGGCUACGGCCUGGAGACGUGGGCGCGGACGGCCGUGACCAAGAGCACGACCUUGACGACGCGCGGCCACGAUCUGGUCCUGGCGGCCGGCGCGCUCGUGCCCGGCGCGACGUACACGCUCCGCCUCGAGGCGUCGACGGGCGGCGCGGUGGGCGCCGCCGCCGUGACCUUUGUGGCCGCGACGCCGCCCAAGUCGGGCAAAAUCACGGCGAGCCCGGGCCGCGGCCGCGCGCUCGAGACGGCCUUCUCGCUGACGACGUCGUCCUGGACGUCCGACGACCCGCCGCUGGCCUACGCCUUCAAGGCGUUCGUCGGCGACUCGGCGAACGCGAGCGUCUCGACGCUGCGGGCCGCGACGCGCGACGCGUCGCUCGCCGGGGUGAUUUUGCCACGGGGCGACCCGAACGUGACGAUCGUCGCCAUCGCGACGGACGUCUUAGGCGGCCGGGGCGAGGCCCUGGCGUCCGUCGAGGUCGGCGCCGUGGCGUUGAGCAGCGACGCGCUCGCGAAUCUGACCAACGACCUACUGGACGCGGCGCUGGCGAACGGCGACUCCGAGGCCGUGUGCCAGACGGUGGUGGCCGCGGCGGGCGCCGCGAGCGGCGACCCGGGCGUCGCCGCGACGCUCGUGGACUCGUUAGCGGACGUCGUCGGCGCGCUGGACGCCGACGCCGCCGCCGUCGAGCAGGUCGCGAGCGCGCUCGCGGCGGCGUCGGGCAACGGGAGCGCGCUCGCGUCGUCCGCGGCGUCGUCCGCGCUCGAAUCCGCGGCGGCGCUCGCGCCGCUGAACGACGGCGCCGAGGCCAUGACGUCCGUCGCCGCCGCGGGCCUCGCCGACGCGCUCUCGGGGCUGCUGGACUCGGAGCUCUUUCAACCGUAUGACAACUCUACGGAAGCGAACGCGACGGACGCGGCGGGGCUUUUGGGCGCGUCCGUCGACGGCAUGGGUUCCUCGCUGCUCGUCGGCGCCGUCGCCGGCGAGGCGGCGACGGAGGUGACGUCGGGCGGACUACGACUCGCAGCUAAAAGGUUGGAGGCGGGCGACGGCGACAACAUCAUCGCGCCGCCCGGCUCGGACACGGCCGUGGCGCUCGGCGGCGACGUCGACGGCGACGUGACGAUCACGGAGUUCGACGCGAACCAGCACGCCGGCGCCGAGGGCGGCGACGAGGACGUCGACUCCAAGGUCGUGCGCUUCGGCGUCUCCGGCUCGAGCUCCUCCAAUAAUCGCGCGACGCUGUCGUUCACGCGGCAAAGCGCCGCCGCGUCGCGGCGCCGCCUGUCGACGAGCGCCAACGCGACGGCCUACGUCCAGUGCCCGCCCGGCGGCGGCGGCAACGUGUCCUACGUCUGCGGCGACGGCCGCGAGCUCACGGUCGCGUGCCCGCCGACGGGUUUACGGGAGGCGAAGGUCGUCGCGUUCGAUUGCGCGGCCGUGGACCGCGUGGACCCGGGCUGCGCGUCCUGGCGCAACGGGACCUGGGACCACGGCGGCUGCACCGUGGAGGAUCUGGGCAACGGGACGACGCUCUGCGACUGCGACGUGAGCGACGAGCCUCUGGACUAUUCCGCCACCUCGAACUCCGUCUUCGGCACGUACGCGUCGGCCUUUGCGGGGCUGAACGGCCGCGACUUGCUGGCGUCGCCUUUGCUGUACUGGACCAUGGCGACGCUGGCCGGCAUCUGCGGCUGCGUGGCCCUGGUCGGCUACUUCCUGGACAAGCGCGACGCCGCGCGCGCCGCGAAGCGCGUCGCGGCCGCCGCGGCCGCGCCGGCGCCGACGCUCGACGACCUCAUCGCCCGGUCCCUGCCGAAAUUGGUCACAAACCUCGCGCGCCCCCUGCGUCACACGGCGCGCGUCUUCGUGAAGCACCACUCGUGGCUCAAGGUCAUCGGCGUCUACGACGCGAACGCGUCGCGGCCGCGGCGGUCCGUGACCAUCCUCUUCCAGCUGCUCACGCUCAUGCUCGGCCAGGCCGUCGCCUUCUGGUACGCGUUCCCCGUGGGCUUCUGCGACGACGUCAUGAACCCCGACGGGUCGCUCGCCGGCGGGGAGCGGGCGAUGCGCAACUGCCUCGCGAAGAAGACGGGCUUCGCGGACAUGGUCGCGUUCCUGCUCGACGCGGAGCCCGUGCGCGACGCCUGCACCUGGUACGGGUCGCCCCUGAACAGCGUGCUGCCCGAGGGCACGACGCGGCAGUGCCAGCUGCAGCCGCCGGAGCCGCAGGACGUGGGCUUCAAGCGGCUCCUGCUCAUCUUCCUGGGCGUGCUGAUCUCCGUGCCCUUCUCGGAGCUCUUCGACGCGACGUUCGUGACGUACGUCUGCGCGCCGCUGAAGAAGGAGCGGGGGUUCCUCAAGGCGCGCGACUCGCUGCGCCUCGCGCGAGGCCCGCCGGCCGGCGGCGCGCCGCCCGCGCCGGACGGCGGCGCGCCGCCGGCGCCGGACGGCGCCGCGGCGCCCUCGCCCGUGCGCCUGGGCCUCGACGGCCGGCCCCUCGCGCCGCGGCGGGGCGCACCGGCCGCGGUCUGCCCGCUCAUGGACGCGCCGGACGCGGAGGCCGCGGCGCACGCCGUCGGCCGCGCGCUCUGGCGCAACGUCGGCGUCGACGGCCCGGCCCUGGCCUGGGACGAGCUGCCGACGGCGAAAUACUACGCGCUCCGCGCGCUCGGCGCGGUCAUGCGCGGCGUGCUCAAGCAGCACGGCGAGCUCGAGGACGCCAUCGACGCCGCGGAGCCCGGGAGCGCCCAGUUCCGCGACCUCAUGCGCCUCAAGGCGACGUUGGAGUCGACCUGGCGCGUCCAGGCGCUGGACCUGCCGCGGAAGACGCGCCCGCGGAACUUCCGCCGCACGUUCGCGCGCCACGCCUACGAGAAGCUCGUCGACGCCCUGGAGGUCGCGACGGCCUACAGCGAGCGCAUGCGCCACCGCGGCGACAGCGCCGAGGCGCGCGCGCUCAUCGUGUUGGCGCUCAUGCGCCGCCGCUGGUUCAAGGGCACGGAGCUCAAGAUCUACGAGAGCCAGCUCCAGGCCGACGGCUUCUUCACGCCGCCGGCAAAGCGCAAGGUCGUCAAGCCCGUGUCGAAGCGAGCCAAGGCCAUCGCGUCCGUGCUCUGCCUCGUCGCCUUCGCGGGGCCGCUGCUGUUCCUCGCCGUCUUCGCGUCGUCGGUCGGGCACAAGAUGACGCGCGGCUGGUACUUCUCGACGCUGUUCACGAUCUUCAUGGCGCUCUUCGUCGUCGAGCCUAUCACGCACUUCGUCAUCCGCGUCGCCGUGCCGGCGGCGAUCUACGACCGGCUGCGGUGGAUGGACGACCCGACGCGCGCCGACGCGAUGCCGCUCCGGCAGCAGCUCUUCGUCAAGCCCUCGGAGUUAUUGGCCGCGCCGGCCAUCGCGGCCUUCGACGCCUGCGGCGCCCGGCCGCCGCGGAGUCUAGAUGCCGUGGCGGCGCACGUGGACCUCGCGAGCGAGGAGCUGCCCGCGCCGCCGGGGCGGCCCCGGUCGCUCGCCAAGCUGCUCGAGCUCCGCGGCGGGGGCGCCCUCAAGACGCCGGCGGACGUCGAGAAGGCGCUCAUCUUAGAGGCCGCGCGGGCCUUCGCGGCCGACGAGGCGCGCCACGACGACGAGCGCGACGAGGACGAGGAGCACAACCGCGCGCACGCCGAAAAGGGCGGCGACGAAUGGAGCGAGUCGGCCCUCGCGGACCUCAAGAAGCGGACCCACUUCGAGCCGCCGGUCUACCACGCCCAGGCCAUCGCCGUCGCCGGGACGAUCUUGUUCAUGCACCCGGCCGUGCGGUCGACGGUCAUCAAGCAGAGCAGCACGAUCGCGAGUCUGUUCAUCAUCGGCGUCAAGCUCCCGCCGUCCAUCGAGGCGCUGUUCACCGCGGCGAACGAGUACGUGCCCGGCUGCAAGGUCGUCAUCAUCGCCUGGCUCGUCGCGGUGUCCCUCGUCGUCGCCGCCGUCGCUGCCUUCAAGGUCCGCAACGUCGUCUACGGCGUCAAGCGCGCCAAGGACGCGGCCGCGCGGACGGCGGGCCGCGCGUACCGCUCCGCGUCCAUGCGCUUCCUCGACGUCGAGACGGCGCCGUCGCCGAAGACCGUCUUCGUGGAGCCGGCGCCCGGAGACCGCGGCGCCGCGUACCUCGCGGAGCCGGAGCCGGAGGCCAAGUCCGUGACCUUCGAGGACCCGGCGCCGGCGCCCGUCGUCGCCGUCGCCGCGGCGGCCUUCGCGCCGCCGGCGAACCCGCGGAGCUCGCAGAUCCAGAAGGCCGUGCGCCACGCGGCCGUCGUCGCCGCGCUCGCGCCGCGCGACCCGAAGGGCUACUUCGACCUCGCGGAGCAGCAGGUCGUGCUCGAGGCGCGGUCGCGGCCGUCGACGCCCCUGCCGUCCCACAUCAAGCGCGCGGCCAAGGCCGCGACGGCCGUGACCGCCUUUGGCGAGGCCGGCGCGCGCGCGUCCGCGCGCGCCGUCGUCGCGCGCGCGGCCGCCGCCGAGGAGACCAAGGCCGCGCCGGCCGACGACGGCGCGGCGCGCGACGAGACGCCGCGAGCCAUCUCGCAGGCCCUCGUCUACGCCGUCCCCGAGGACUACGUCGCCGACGACGCGCCCGAGGCCGUCGAAGCCGGCGGCGGCGGGAAGGUCCGGAAGAAGAUGCUCGGCAAGCUGAAGAAGAGUGCCGAGGGCCACUCGAAGAAGUUCGUGGGGGAGAUGCGCAAAAUGUUCUUUCCGACGUAG